AUGUGUUUGCACUGGUUUGACUCAGUUUGACUGGUUGACACGGCCGUACAGAUAAGAUAAUCGUGCGCCACGAUUGUGCUUUAUAAAAAUUACUGGGGAGAGGUGCUAUCACAUUUGUUGAACUUCGAGCUUCAAGAUUAUUCAGUCGAGAAGCAAGGCAACAGAUAGCAAUCAUGGAGGAAACUCAGGAAACUGUGGAAGAAAUUUUAGAAAAAUAUAUACCAAAGGAGAAAUUGGCUAAAGUUAAACAUAUUUUAUAUGGAAACUCAUCUAAACCAUUAGAUAUAAAUUGGGAAGAUGAGCAUUUUCAAGUAAGAGGAUGGCAGAUGGUUAGUAAGAUCAAAGAACAGCUUCGUCCCCCACGUCUAGUUCGCGUUGGACUGAUACAACACUGCAUAAAAGCAGCAACAUGGGAAACAGUUCAAGUUCAACGAGAUGAAAUACAUAAGAAAAUUGGAACAUAUAUUGUGCAAGCAGCUCAACGUCAAGUUAACAUUUUAUGUUUCCAAGAAGCAUGGACUAUGCCGUUCGCUUUUUGCACGAGGGAAAAGUAUCCGUGGUGUGAGUUUGCUGAGGAUGCCGAGACUGGGGUCACGACCCAGUUUUUGUCUAAUUUCGCUAAGGAAUACAACAUGGUAAUAAUAUCGCCGAUUUUGGAGAGAGAUUCUACUGACGGCGAUACCAUCUGGAACACCUGCGUGGUGAUCAACACCGAUGGUACAGUCCUUGGUAAACAUAGGAAGAAUCAUAUUCCCCGUAAUGGAGAUUUUAACGAAUCCACCUACUACAUGGAGGGCAACACAGGCCACCCAGUAUUUGACACCUGCUUUGGGCGCAUUGCGAUUAACAUAUGUUACGGGCGCCACCAUCCAUUGAACUGGUUGAUGUUUGGGUUGAAUGGGGCGGAGAUCGUUUUUAAUCCAAACGCAACUAUUGACAAAUUAUCGGAACAUUUAUGGCCAAUCGAAGCAAGGUGCGCCGCGAUAGCGAAUAGUUAUUACACGUGCGCUAUCAAUCGCGUAGGAACCGAGCGUUUCGCAAAUGAAUUUACCUCUGGCGAUGGAAAACCAGCGCAUAACGAUUUUGGACACUUUUAUGGCUCUAGUUAUAUUACCGCCCCCGAUGGCUCGCGAACUCCAGGUCUAAGUCGGCACAAAGAUGGACUGCUCGUUGGAGAAUUGGACCUCAACAUGUGUCGACACAUGAAAGAUACGUGGGUAUUUAGAAUGACCCAAAGACUCGACAUGUAUGCUAAAGAACUUGCUGAAUAUGUUUCAAAGCGGGAUGGUAAACAAGAUUAAAAAAAAAAAACAAUUUUACCAAUGCAAAUUUUACGAAGUUUAUAAUUAAAAAGUUAUAUAAUUAAAAUUA